AUGAAGCAGCCUCUUGCUUUUCCUGGGUGGUUUAGAACAGUGAGCCUCUGCUUAUGUUUGGCCCACACUGUCACAUCUGCAAUUUUGACAAACUCCACACAACUGGAGUCCAUCCUGGACAAGUACAGGGACAAGGAUGAAGAGUGGUGGAAAGCCAGAACAAGAGGAAAGAGAGCUAUCAGUGAAGGUGACAUGCAUCUCAUCCUGGAUCUGCACAACAAGUUGCGUGGUCAAGUCCACCCUCCAGCCUCCAACAUGGAGUACAUGGUGUGGGAUUACGAGUUAGAGAGAAGCGCCGAGCACUGGGCCCAUACAUGCCGAUGGGAACAUGGACCGAGCUACAUGUUGACACAAAUAGGCCAGAACCUUGGCGCACAUUGGGGCAGGGAGCGUCCUCCCACCUAUCACGUGCAGGCUUGGUAUGAUGAAGUGAGGCACUACAGCUAUCCUUACUCGCAGGAGUGUAACCCACACUGCCCUUUUAGAUGUUCAGGGCCUGUUUGCACUCACUAUACUCAGUUGGUUUGGGCCACAAGCAAUCGUAUUGGAUGUGCCAUCAAUGUGUGUUACAACAUGAACGUGUGGGGAAUGAUCUGGGCUAAAGCUGUUUACCUGGUCUGCAACUACUCUCCACCAGGAAACUGGUGGGGUCAUGCUCCUUACAAGUAUGGCGCACCGUGCUCUGCUUGUCCCGCCAGUUAUGCUGGAGGAUGCAGGGACAAUCUGUGCUACAAAGAUGGAGGGAUUGACAGGCAACCUGCGCCAGAGACCGAGGAAACAAACUAUAUUGAACCAGAGCCGGAUGCAGUAAGGGAGACGGAGCCCCAACCCAGGGCCCAUACUCCAAACCCUCCACAACCCACUGAAGUUGCAGAAAGAAACCGGGUUGUAAGCACUGAGCAGAUGUGCCAACAGAUGGACUGUGACACAAAGCUGAGAGAUCGGUGCAAAGGAACAACAUGUAACAGAUAUGAGUGUCCACCUGGCUGCUUUGACAGACACGGAAAAGUAGUUGGGACUACAUCUUAUGACAUGCAAUCCAGUGUAUGUGGAGCCGCAUUGCAUGCUGGUAUUAUUGAUAAUGAUGGAGGAUGGUUGGAUGUGACUCGACUAGGUCGAAAACAACAAUUCACUAAAUCAUACAAGAAUGGCAUUCAAUCAAUAGGGAAGAACAGAAGUGCAAAUUCCUUUAAAGUACAGACUGUGCCUGUCAAGGCUGUAGCUUGUGACACCACAGUAGCACUGUUCUGUCCCUUUAAGAAACCGGUGCGACAUUGUCCAAGGUUGUAUUGUCCUAAGAACUGUCUACGUGAGAGUCAAGCCAGAGUCAUUGGGAGUAAAUAUUACGCUGAUAAAUCAAGCAUUUGCCGAGCAGCCCUUCAUGCUGGAGUUAUCCAAAAUGAGUCCGGAGGUUACAUUGAUGUGAUGCCAGUGGACCGCAGGAGGCAGUACAAUGGCAACCAUCAAAAUGGCAUCACUUCAGAAAGUUUACUUAACCCAACGGGAGGAAAGGCCUUUCGAGUGUUUGCUGUUAUUUGAAAUACAAAAGGACACACUUCUUGCUCAAAAUAUACAGCUUUACCACAAAAAAAAAAUAAAAAUGAUUGCAUUCUUCGGCUGUUGAUACCAAAGGUGCAACAGGACUCAACUAAACUGAAAUAAACUAAACUAAAUGUUAGAGGCUUUUUUUAAUAUCUUGGCCAAAACAUGUUCUUGACCCUUGGGAAUUUAAGUCACGAACAAGGAAAACAUCGUAACCUGAAACGAAGAGUCAACAGCAAUUUUGCAUCCAGUUUUGACGUUUUCCACUGCUUCAUCAUGCUACCCACUCAGUUCCUUAAAAUGUGCUUCAAUUAUGAAAGGUCCCGUUUCGCCUAGAGGGGAAUUUAGCUAUUCAAUUUUUAGGAGGUACCGCUCCAAAUGAGCACUACUCUACUAAGUAAUCAUUUUAA